UUGGAGACAAGAUGCCUCUGGCUGUCAGCGAUGGGCUGGGAGCGAGGCCCAGAAGGCGGGGUUAGCCCCAAGGGGUCGGGGCCAUAAAUAAGAGGGUCGCGUGUCAGGGAGAUAAACAUGAGGGGGUGCUGGGCCUGAACGGAGUCGCCAGGGGCUGUCCGGAGCAGAGGGAGGCGGAGCGCCAGUGCCAAGGCCAGCGCCAGCGUCGGAGAGGCAUCGGCAGCGCCCGCGCCCGCGCCAGCGCUCUCGGCAGCCGAGCCCAGGCCAGCCUCAGCCCGAGAGCCCCCGGCGGGCCGCAGCCGGGCCGUCCCGUCCCGUCGGCGAGGGCAGCGGGGCCAGGAGAGGCGCUCGCCUCUGCGCGGGGCGGCGCGGCCCGGGGUGCGCUCCGGGGCAGGGGGGCGCUGCCAGCAUGCCUGUCGCCCUCAGUGCCUGGUGGCUGUCCGGGCUGCUGCUGGGGCUCAGCCUACAGCUCCGGGCCCGGGUGGAGGCGUGCAGCUGCGCCCCCGCGCACCCCCAGCAGCUGCUCUGCGCCUCGGCCAUAGUGAUCCGGGCAAAGGUGUCCAGUGAAAAAGUGGUCCCAGCCAGUGAGGAUCCAGCUGACACCCAGAAAAUGAUCCAAUAUGAAAUCAAACAGAUAAAGAUGUUUAAAGGGUUUGAUAAGGUAAAGGACGUCCAGUACGUCUACACCCCGUUGGACUCCUCUCUGUGUGGGGUCAGGCUAGAAGCCAAUAAGAAGAAACAGUAUCUCCUCACUGGCCAGAUUAUAGAAAAUGGCAAAGUAUUCAUCAAUAUGUGCAAUUACAUAGAGCCCUGGGACGACCUGUCCUUCUCACAGAAGAAGAGUCUGAACCAUCGUUAUCACAUUGACUGUAGCUGUAAGAUCAUCACCUGCUACACGGUGCCCUGCUCCAUCUCGGGCCCCAACGAGUGUCUCUGGACGGACUGGCUGAUUGAGCGGAAGCUCUAUGGGCACCAGGCCCAGCAUUACGCUUGUGUUAAGCGCAGUGAUGGCACCUGUGGCUGGUACCGGGCUGGCCUCCCCCCUGAGAAGGAAUUCAUUGAUAUCAGUGAGCCCUAGAGAGAAGCAUUACCAUACACCCAGCCCCCGGCCUGGAGGCCCGAUCCAUCCGUCCUUCCAUCCUUCAUCCUCCCAUCCAUCCACCCUUCCAUCCAUCUGUCCUUUCCUGCACAGCUUCCCACUGCUUAACGUAGCCGCUGCUUAGGAACACUGCCAACCUGGUGCAAGGUACCAAUGUGUGUGGAACCAGCGGCCGAGGGAGAAGAGGACUCGAGCUCCCGACCAGGGCGGCCCUUCUGAGGAGGCCAGUCAGGGGUCCCGAGUCCCUCUCUGUGCCGGGAAAAGCGGGACCGCCCCAGCCAAAGGGCCGUCGGCCCGUCCCUCUGCUCCGGUUCGCUCCUGUGACUGGCAGAGUCUGGGAAAAAAGACCUCGCGAGAAUGAUGAGUUGGUCUUUCUGAUCAGGCUGGGGCUCGUCUCUGUCCCUCUCCAAAAACAAAAGGUUGAAACGGGAACGAAAGCACUUUCCACGUCUGGAGCUGGCGUGGCGCAGGCCGAACACCGUACAGAGGGUGCACAAAUUAUUAAGAGCCCCAUGGUGUACAAAAGUAACCGCUGUGGUCAAGGCGAGUGAAAUGGGCUGAUGUGGGGGAAUGAUUAAAAAGCAUCUUGUACCCUU